GGCUGACGCCGACUUCUGCAGCAAAAUGGCGUCGUUGACAGCAGUCGUGCAGACGAGUCCGUCCGGUCCUUUAUUAUCCUCCAAAAAGCGGAGCGGCACGAUGACCCAAAGGAGGUUCAGACUGUUGGACCACAAUAUACUUGUGUUCCUUUCGUUAGCGUCCAUGCUGCAUUGUGCUUUGGCGGACGGUAAGACGCUGGUUCUGCUGGACAACCUCAACAUCAGAGACACCCAUUCAAUCUUCUUCCGCAGUCUGGCAGAUCGUGGCUUCGACAUCACGUUUAAGACCGCUGAUGACUCCUCUCUAACUCUGAUCAAAUAUGGCCAGUUCCUGUACGACCAUUUGGUCAUCUUUUCUCCAUCAGUUGAGGACUUUGGAGGAAAUAUUAACGUGGAGACAAUCACAUCCUUUAUUGAUGGUGGAGGCAACGUCCUGGUUGCUGCCAGUUCAGAUAUUGGUGACCCUCUGAGGGAGCUGGGCAGCGAGUGCGGCAUCGAGUUUGAUGAGGAAAAGACUGCUGUCAUUGACCAUCACAACUAUGACGUGUCUGACUCUGGGGAGCACACGCUGAUUGUUGCUGAUCCAGAGAUCCUGAUAAAGGCUCCAACCAUCGUCGGCAAACCCACCAACAAACCUGUUCUGUUCCGGGGUGUUGGCAUGGUGGCAGACCCAGAGAACCCUCUGGUCUUGGACAUCCUGACUGGCUCCUCUACUUCUUACUCAUUUUUCCCUGACAGACCCAUCUCUCAGUACCCCCAUGCUGUUGGCAAGAACACCCUCAUGAUUGCCGGCCUUCAGGCCAGAAACAAUGCCAGAGUGGUCUUCAGCGGCUCCCUGGAGUUCUUCAGCGACGCCUUCUUCAACUCUGCUGUGCAGAAAGCCACGCCUGGUUCCCAGAGGUACGAGCAGACAGGGAACAGGGAGCUGGCCGAGGCGCUGUCCCGCUGGGUGUUCAAGGAGGCUGGAGUCCUCCGGGUGGGAGCCGUUACCCAUCAUCCUGUUGGAGAGAAAAAUCCCCCUGCAGCCUACACAAUCACUGACCUGGUGGAGUACAGCAUUGUCAUUGAGAUGUUGUCCGAGGGCCGCUGGGUUCCCUUCAACGGAGAUGACAUUCAGCUUGAGUUUGUGAGGAUCGAUCCCUUCGUCAGGACUUAUCUCAAGAGGAAAGGAGAUAAAUAUAGCGUGCAGUUCACGCUGCCUGAUGUGUACGGCGUCUUCCAGUUCAAGGUGGACUACAACCGUCUGGGAUACACACAUCUCUACUCCUCGACUCAGGUAUCAGUGCGUCCCCUGCAGCACACUCAGUACGAGCGCUUCAUCCCCUCAGCCUUCCCGUACUAUGCCAGCGUCUUCUCCAUGAUGGCAGGACUCUUUGUCUUCAGCAUAGUUUUCCUGCACAUGAAAGAGAAGGAGAAGUCUGACUAAUGCAGGGAGACGGAACGACCAGAAUACACAUUUGAACUUGUGGUGUGAGGAGUUGAAAUUGAAUGUCUUGAUGGCUUGAAUCUCUUCAUGCAUGGACUUGGUCUGCAAAUCUCCAUUUAAAAAAAAUACAGCUUCUGUUCGGUUAUUGGGUUUCUCAACUAAUCAGGUGAUGGAGUCAAAAAAGAUAUGACCCUGGUGCAGUCAUUUAGGGGUUUGUUUUGGGGCUUUUUGUACUCCUCAUUCAAAGGCUUAUGUCCUGCAUUCAGUCAAUGUUUGUAUAAAGUUUCUUUACGUUUAACUAUUAAGUAGAGCACAUCCUUUGGAACCUGAGAGAAAUCCAUAUUACAAUUUGAUCCAAAUGUUUCCAAUCAGAAAAUGUUAUUGCUAAAUGCACUGAAUAUGCCAACUGCUAAUGUGUUUUUUUAAUAAGCGUUUCCAAAAAGGUUGGAGUCAUCUUAACAAUAAAAUAUUGACAUUCCACACUA